UCAUGAUGCUCUAUCCCAAUUGGACGCGGGGGACAAUCGCAGGAGGGAUUGCGCUGGGAAAAUGUGUUUCCUUGUCUGUAUGUCAGAUGGAAACGCGUUGUAGAUCGAACGGGGAUUAUUAACGAAAACAGAAAUUCGCACACCACCACGUGUUCGAUACAGAGAUCGCUUCGUGUUUCAAUUCAUCGUGUAAUGUUUCGGCCGGGUUCUGGCUAGUGCAGGCUCACGUGUGGGGCGUUUUCUGUGGUCAGUCAGUGUGGUUCGGCCGCUGCUAGCUAGCCGUAGCCGCCCGGCCGGGGCUUCCUGCGGAGGAUCAUACACACCGAGGACACGCAUAAUUAUUAUUAUAUAUACUCACUCGGGGGCACACAGAGACCGGGUGGGCGAUGACCGCGGAUCUCCUGUCUGACUUAGACAGCCGCUUUUUUGCUGACAACCUGCUGACCAGCGAGGACUGGGAUGCCUGUCUGUACCAGUGCGAGAGCAUGGAGGAGGGAGAGGACGGAGACUUCGCCAGAGGGCUGAAGUACGACGCCAUGGUCGAUAACGAUCUCAUCCUGACCCUCGAUCCUGACAACCCCACGUCGCCGUGGAAACACUUUAGUGACAACCUUCUCCCAGGAGAAAGCCCCGUGUUCCACGACGACACGACCAUGGCACAGCCCCUGCCUGUGGAUAUGUUGUUUCAGGUGAAGGCGGAGCCUCUGUCUCCUGCUUCCUCGCUGACCUCAGACUGCUCCUUGUCCUCGGCCCCCGAAACGCAGGUUAUCGUGAAGGGCGAGAACCCUCCGACGCCCCCUUACAUGUUUGGAGACAUUCUGUCGCCCCCUGUGGGAACGGUGCAGGUGACCCUGACCCCGUCCAGCCAACCUCAGCAGCCCCAGACACAGACCCACUCUGGCAGUGAACCGCAGGCCCAGGCUGUCGUUGCACCGUCUCCCGCUGCCCUCAAAGCCAGCACCAUCCUGAGCAGUAAGCCGCCCAUCCAGCCGCGGCCCGUGUGCGUGGCCACGCUGCCCGUCUCGCAGAGCCCCAGUCCCGCCAAGGCGCUCAUCCUGCAGAGCCUGCCUAGCAUGGACCAGAACCGGCCUGUAGUCCUCUCCCCGCCGGUCUGCCUGGGGUCGGCCCCGGCCAUCGUCAAGGUGGAACCCGUGUCUCCUAGCCUGUCUCACUGCGCCGCCCCGGCCGCUCCAGCCACCGCAAAGCCCAUCAUCCCUGCAACGUCACUGCCAGGGACCAACAGCAAUGACAUUGAUAUGAAAGUCCUGAAGCGGCAGCAGCGGAUGAUUAAGAACCGCGAGUCGGCCUGUCAGUCCCGCAAGAAAAAGAAGGAGUACCUGCAGAGCCUGGAGGCCCAGCUGAGGGAGGCACAGAGGGAGAACGAGCGUCUCCGCAGGGAGAACCAGGCGCUGCGUGAGAGGCUGGCUGGGAAAGAGGGCAGUGAAUCGGGAAACAAUAAGAGAGCCGUGUGCAUCAUGGUGCUGCUGCUCUUCAUCACCUUCAGUUUCAGACCUGUCAGCAUCACAGAGAGGAAGCUGGAAACUGGCCUACGGGAAGGGGCGGCCCCUCUCACCGGGCGACACCUCUUGGAGAUCGGUGAGGCGGAGGACAGGAGCAAGACGCGGGGGAGUGAAAGGGCCAGGGAAGAAAGGCUGGAGAGCGAGGAGGACGGCGAGGAGAGGUGGAGGAGAGGCGACGUGGACAGAGAAUCCUCCGACUCCUUUCAGCUCAGGAACCUAAGCGGGGUGUUCAGUGAUGUGAAGGACUUGGUCCUGCCGGACCUCGACCGUUACUUUACCUCCUCAGACUGCCGGCAGUUCAACCGCUCCGAGUCCCUGAGGCUCGCGGACGAGCUGAGAGGAUGGGCCCACAGGCACCAGAUCGACAGGAAGAAGUCCGGCGGGAAGCCGAAGAUGGCGAAGAAAGCCAGAGUGGCUCAGAAAGCCCAACACAGAAAGACCAACUUCUCCAGGUACCUUCCUGUUCAGACCCACAGCUCUGUGGAAAGUCAGUUGCAGGUAUUUCCUGGACCUGAAGUCAUCUACAGUGACUUCUUUGAUGCCAUUGACCGCAGAGAAGAUACAUUCUACGUGGUGUCUUUCAGACGGGACCACCUGCUGCUGCCCGCCAUCAGCCACAACAAAACCACACGGCCCAAAAUGUCCCUGGUGAUGCCAGCCAUGUCCAUCAACGAGAGCAUGUAUGGUUCCGCCAAAGGCUACGAAAUGAUGAUGCAGGUGGACUGUGAAGUCAUGGACACCCGCAUCGUGCCCAUAAAGUCUUCCUCCGUGCCUCCUUCCCUGAGGGACCCACCUCGCCCUCCUCCGCCCCAGCAUCACCAUGGCAACACAUCCAUUCGUGGACGCCCCACCCACAGCACCGGGGCGGCGGCAGAUUCUCCGCGACAACCAUUGCAUGGCAGUAGGAGGGAAGCGGCAUUCUACAUCAGCCAAGAAGGAGGGGUUUAAGAGUGGGGCAGUGGCCAGAGGGCGGGGUUUUGAGAGGAAGGAAUGACAGGAGCUGGAUGAAUGUCGAUGAAAAGAAAUGAUACUUUGGAUUGUAUUCCAAUCUGGGAGAGCACAGUAGAUAGAGGAUGGAGAGCAAUAAGGGAGUGAGACUACUGAACUAGCCUGAGUAACAUACAGUACUCUUACCCUGUUCCCUGUGUGUCUGUGUGUGGUGGCACUGAGGGGGAAGGAGGAUGCACUCGAAGCCAAAGAGAAAACAGGUCCAACCCUCAGUGUCAGUCAAAAAUGGAGGCAUUAAAAAUGAAGACAAACAGCACAAAAGACACUAGUAAGCCGGCGCUGUCCUGCCUGGUCGGUCCACCUGGGCCGACUGUCCCGGGUCACACCCCGGUCAUUUUCGCCAGCUGGGUCCUGUCAUUCUCAGUUUGAAUAAACGCACAGUCACGGCUUGUGACGCCGCUCGUCUGAUCGGGCUCAUUUGGCUUCCUGUUCCACUCCAGUGCUCCUUCCUGUUGCAUCCUCAGCACCACGCGGUGUUGAACCCUCUUCAGAGUACUGUGUGUUACCAGAAACUUAGGACUCCUUCAGUGUACGCAUGUUAAUAUUUUGCCACACAAUGUGUGUGUGUGUGUGUGUGUGUGUGUGAGUGAGAGAGAGAGAGAGCGAAUGAGGCAGAAGAAGAGAGCGAAAGGGGAGCAGUUAAUUGCUCUUGUGUGUAGAAUAAAUGACUUAAUAUAUCAUUGCUGUAAUGUGCAAACAGUUUGUGUUCCUUGUCAGGUACUGUCUACCUGGUAAGCUUUUUUUUUAAAUUUUUUUUUUUAUUUUUAAAUCCUACGUGGGAAUGACCAGAGUGGAGAGGGGACACACUUUCAAACCCAAGACAAACAGACAGAACCAACGAUACAGACCUUUGCACUUGGGCACAUGUACGGAGGAUCAGAGUACACUGUGCAACGCUUAGCGGAGGCGACCGCACACGGGUCACUGGGACUGCGAUGUCCUGUAAGGGUUGUCUGUGUUUUGUGUUCGGCCUUAUUUUUUAUGUUCCUGACCAGUGAGACCCUGCAGAAAUUUGCUUGUUUUCAUACGGAGGAAGUUGUCCGUUUUCACAUCAUGUAUGUGUGUGUUAUUUUUAAUACAGUUCCCUGUAUUGCCUGUUGUAUGAUUGUUGUAGCUCCAAUUAUUAUACAGUCAAGAUGUUUGAAGCCUUAUUUAAAGAAAGUCCAUGCUUGUCACACUUGUAAAUACAGUAGUUCUGUUGAUGUUUUCUUACUUUUGUGUGUGUGUGUGUGUGUGUGUGUGUGUGAAGCAUUCUCUGUGUGGCGCUGCCCUUUGACCCUAAAGCUGGAGCGAUGCUGAAAGAUGUCCCCGAGCUCCCAAAGUUGUGUGAUGGAGACUGGGAUGCCGCCUGUGGUGAUGAGGAAAGGGGGAGGACCUUUCUCUCAGGUGGUCCUGUAGGCACUGGCCUCGAACCCCAGUUCGUCUGUGCAGAAAGCAGAACAAGUGUGUUUACUGUGGUAAUUUUUCCUUCUCUCAGCCUCUGUUGUUACCCGAAGCAUGUAAACCCGUCAUUGCUGAGAUGGUACAGAGGUAAGGUUCUGUUCAUAGUUACAGUGCAUGAAGGGGCGGGGCUGAGUGCUGUGAAAGCUGGUGGGUGUGGUCUGUUAGGGGUGGAGCUAAGAGCAGUUGGGCCAUUCUGAUUGGUUGGGGGGAGUGGCAUGUAAACAAAAAACAUGAUCGGUCAUUGUUCUAGAAUUCGUUGAGCAAAAGCAUUGUUUAAACAAAACCUGAUUUUUAUUGUAAAUGUAAAAUGUGAAUUUAAGUAAUUUUUAAAGAAAUGCAUGAAAAUCCAUGAUUAUGUUGACCAAACUCAGUUGUUGCUAUCUUUUCUUCAGUGAGUAAUGGGGGACAAAUGAACAUCACGUUUCUUUUCUGUCGUUUGCGGUCCUGGUCACAUGCAGAAGCUGUGUUCUUUGUAUCUUUUUUAAUUUUUUUUUUUUUAGGUUUAACCACUGAGUUGUGUUUUUAAGCUGUUUUACAUCAAUUAUGACAAAGAAAAUGAAUUUUUGUCAACCACAGAGGGAAUUGUCUUGUUUCCAUGGAUCAAGUAGUGUGUUUUCUGUUUUGAAGACAUUGGGCCCUUUUUUCACUGCAGUGGGUCUCGGCGAGGAUUUUACACCUUGACAUUCCUGUUCACCUUUCUCACACCAACCUUUGGCACUGGUUAAGCGAUUGGCAGUAGAGAGGCACACAUACUGCUGACCAGCUGUGUUUUCCAACACAGACACGGUCAAAAUGCACAUUAGACACACAAAGCAUGUCCUUAGCAAUGAUUGGUUACAAGGGUAUCAAUGUAAAUACUGUCUGCCUUCCUUUUCAGUCUUCAUAUUUAAUUUUUUUAAUUUAAAUUUUUUCAAAUCCUUUUUUUUAAAAAAAAUGUACCUGUUCCCUGUUUAAAGAUGAUGAUAUUUGAAUUCCCACUUUUCUGUUUGUAGAUGACAAUGAUGGAUUUGAUAA